GCAACUGGACGUUCACUCAUCUGAGUCUACCUGUAGAGACAGCAACAUGAUGAAGUGGCUGGUCGUUUUGGCUGCCCUCGUGGCUUUCGCUGAAUGUCUCCAUAAGAUGCCCCUGAUUAAGGGAAAAUCUGCCAGGCAAACCCUCAAAGAGAAAGGGUUGUGGGAGGAGUACAGGAAGAGUCACCCAUACAACCCAGCAGCCAAGUUCUACAGCAGUGGCACCGAGUCCAUGACCAAUGACGCUGACUUGUCCUACUAUGGUACGAUCUCCAUUGGAACCCCUCCUCAGUCCUUCUCUGUCAUUUUUGACACCGGCUCCUCCAACUUGUGGGUCCCUUCAGUGUAUUGCAACAGUUCAGCCUGUGAGAACCACAAUCAAUUCAACCCAUCACAGUCAUCCACCUUCCAGUGGGGUGACCAGUCUCUGUCCAUCCAGUACGGGACUGGCAGCAUGACUGGGUUACUGGGCAGCGACACUGUUGAGGUGGGCGGCAUCUCUGUGGCCAAGCAGGUGUUUGGAUUGAGUGAGACAGAGGCUUCUUUCAUGACUUACAUGCAGGCUGAUGGGAUCUUAGGACUGGCCUUCCAGAGCAUCGCCUCUGACAAUGUUGUACCAGUUUUUAACAACAUGAUCACUCAGGGGCUGGUGUCAGAGCCCAUUUUCUCAGUCUACCUGAGCGGCAAUAGUGAACAGGGCAGCGAGGUGGUCUUUGGUGGUACUGACAGCACCCACUACACUGGAACAAUCACCUGGAUCCCUCUGUCUUCUGCCACCUACUGGCAGAUCAACAUGGACAGUGUUACCAUCAACGGGCAGACUGUAGCCUGCUCUGGUGGGUGCCAGGCCAUCAUCGACACUGGCACCUCCCAGAUUGUUGGUCCAACCACUGACAUCAACAAUCUGAAUAGCUGGGUUGGAGCCUCAACCGACCAGUCAGGAGAUGCUAUAGUGAACUGCCAGAACAUCCCGAGCAUGCCCGAUGUCACCUUCACUCUCAAUGGAAACGCCUUCACAGUCCCUGCAUCUGCCUAUGUUUCUCAGAGCUCCUCUGGUUGUAUGACUGGCUUUGGUCAGGGUGGCACCAUGCAGCUCUGGAUCUUGGGAGAUGUUUUCAUCCGGGAAUACUAUGCCGUCUUUAAUGCCCAGUCCCAGAACAUUGGUCUGGCCAAGUCAGCGUAAUGACAUCAGUAAUCUCAUAAAUACUCCAAGCAUGUAUUUUAAUGGAAUGGGAGAGUUUAUGCAAACAGGAGUUUGUGGAAAACGUGCAUGUGAACAUGUUGUAGCUGCCUUUACAUUAAACAGAUUAUAGCAACAGCA